UCAGACAAGGAGCAUCCAGGAUCACCUGAGGAAUCUCCGGGAUCACCUGAGGGGUCUCCAGGAUCACCUGAGGAACCUCAACAGGGGUGAUUCCGUGAAUUCCAAGACCACCUGAGGAAUCUCCGGGAUCAGCUGAGGAACCCCGACAGAGGUGAUUCCAUGAAUUUCAAGACCACCUGAGGAAUCUCCGGGAUCACCUGAGGAACCUCAGCAGGGAUAAGUCCAGAAAUUCCAAAACCACUGGAGAAACUUCCAUGGGGACAAAUGAACGUAUUCCAAGAUCCCUUUGGGAAGGAAGUUCUGCGUAUUCCGAGCUGGCCCAAGGAACAUCCAGGGAUACAAACCCUCAUAUUCCAGCAUCUCCAGGAUGCCCACGGAGCCACCACUGCUGCUCCUCAACCUUUUUGCUUCCCAACAUCCCUCACGGAUCCAGACCCGGAGUCACCACCCCCUCAGGGGCCAGUGCCCACACCGGCGACUCCGUCGUGAUUUCGGGCUAAAAAGGGUGGGUUUGGGAUAUUGGGGAAGCGGGGGAGGCACAUCCCACUAACCCUCUUCUCUCUUACCCCCUCAGGAUGGCCCGGCCCCCACGGCCCAGCCGGGCGUGAAGCUCCGGCCCCGCCGCCCACCAUGCGCCGGCGGCGCGGGAUUCGGCUCCGCGGCUCCCGGACGGCGCCCGUGACCCUCCCAACCUCCAUCCCAACCUCCAUCCCGGCCUCCAUCCCGGCGUCCGGCCCAUCCCGGCCAUGAGCGGCCCCGUCCCCCCGGCUCCGCUGGGACCAUGAGCUCCCACCGCGCCGCCCGGCACGACGGCGCCGAUGCCGAGGGGUCCCCGGCGGCCUUUUGGGCGCCCAAUGGGGCCGUGGCGGCGGGGCCGGGGGGCGACGCCCCGCGCGGGGCCGUGCCCAAGAUGGGGGUCCGCGCCCGCGUCGCCGAGUGGCCCCCGCGGAGAGGAGACGCCGCCAACGCCAACGCCAAGGAUCCCGGCGCCGGCCGGGAAGCGCCGGCCAACCGGGACGCCGUCGGCUGCCGGGGUUUCCCCGGCGGGCAGCAGCAACCCCUGGCCGGAGUGUCCGGCUUCAAAGCCCUUCACCGCCUGGCGCGGCGGCGCUCCAAGGACGUGGAGUUCCAGGAGGGGUGGCCGCGCUCUCCGGCGCGGGGCCUGGCGCCGCUGCGGCACCGCAGCAGCAGCGAGGUGACCCUGAGCGAGUGCGACCCCGAGGAGCCGGCGGAGCCGCGCGGCGCCAAGCUGGGGGGGCCCUCCGGGCUCUUCCGCGAGUACGGCAGCACCUCGUCCAUCGACGUGCAGGGCAUCUCGGAGCAGAGCUUCUUCGACAUGCUCAACGAGUUCCGCACCAAGAAGCCGGAGCGGCGCGCCGGCACGCCGGAGCGACUCGCCGCCGACGGGGCCUUCCCGCCGGGAUCGUUCUCCGGGGCGAAGGCGGACGGUCGCAACGGGCCGCGGGAGGAGCCGCCGGCGCAGCCCAAGGACAAGGCGCGGCGCCGCUGCCCCAAGGGCGACGCCAACGCCGGCGAAUCCAUCUUCAGGAAGCUGCGGAGCGCCCGCAACGACGGCGACGGGAAGGAGGCGGAGGAGCCGCGGGCGCCGGAGCCGGGGAAGGGCUGGACGUGCCGCAAGAGCUUCGCCCACUACGACGCCCAGAGCAUCCUGUUCGACCUCAACGCCGCCGCCCUGCAGCGCGCCGGCGCCCAGCGCCGCAACACCACCACCGGCGCCUCGGCCGCCUCCGCCGGCUCCGACCCCGCCUUCUCCAGCACCGAGGACCUCAACUCCAAGGAGAACCUGGAGCACGACCUCGGCGACAACACCAGCAACGAGCUGCUCCUCAGCUGCCCCCACUUCCGCAACGAGAUCGGCGGCGCCGGCGAGCGCGACCUCAGCUUCUCCAAGGCUUCCGCCGGCGCCCCGGCCCUGCCGGGAGUCGAGGGGGCCUUCCCGGAGCCUUUCCACGCCGGGAGACCCACCAACGCCGGCAUCUCGGUGCUGGAGGUGCCCAAGGAGCUGCAGCGGAACCCCGAGCGCCUCAAGCACUACAGCGUGGAGCACGUGGACCUGGGCGCCCGCUACUACCGCGAUCACUUCCAUGGGAAAGAACAUUCCAACUACUUUGGCGUGGACGACAAGCUGGGCCCGGUGGCCGUCAGCAUCCGGCGGGAGAAGCUGGAGGAGCACAAGGAGCACGGCCCCCAGUACCAGCACCGCCUCAUCUUCCGCACCAGCCAGCUGGUGACUCUCCGCGGGUCCAUCCUGGAGGACGCCACUCCCACCACCAGCAAACCCGGCACCGUUCGGGGUCUCCCGCUGCGGGACACCCUGGAAUACGUCAUUCCCGAGCUCAACAUCCACUGCCUGCGCCUGGCCCUCAGCACCCCCAAAGUCACCGAGCAGCUCCUCAAGCUGGACGAGCAGGGGCUGUGCCGGCGGCACAAGGUGGGAAUUCUGUACUGCAAGGCCGGGCAGAGCUCGGAGGAGGAGAUGUACAACAACGAGGAGGCCGGGCCGGCCCUCGAGGAGUUCCUGGAGCUCCUGGGGGAGAAGGUUUCCCUCAAAUCCUUCAGCAAGUACGCGGCGCAGUUGGACACCAAGACCGACUCCACGGGCACCCACUCGCUCUACACCACCUACCAGGACUAUGAGAUCAUGUUCCACGUGUCCACCAUGCUGCCCUACACCCCCAACAACCGACAGCAGCUGCUCCGGAAGAGACACAUCGGCAACGACAUCGUCACCAUCAUCUUCCAAGAGCCCGGAGCGCUGCCCUUCACCCCCCAGAACAUCCGCUCCCACUUCCAGCACGUCUUCAUCAUCGUCAGGGCCCACCACCCCUGCACCGACAGCGUCUCCUACAGCGUGGCCGUCACCCGCUCCAAGGACGUCCCCCCCUUCGGCCCCCCCAUCCCGCCCGGCGUCACCUUCCGCAAGUCCGAGCUCUUCCGCGACUUCCUGCUGGCCAAGGCCAUCAACGCCGAGAACGCCGCCCACAAGUCGGACAAGUUCCACACCAUGGCCACCCGCACGCGCCAGGAGUACCUCAAGGACCUGGCCGAGAACUACGUCACCAACACGCCCGUGGACUCCGCCGGCAAGUUCAACCUCAUCUCCUUGGCCUCCAAGAAGAAGGAGAAGGCGAAGGCGCGGGCGGGCGCCGAGCGGGAGAGCGCCGGGGCCAUCGCCUGGCGCGUCGGCGCCCAGGAUUUCGGGCGGGGGGCCGAGGUGCCCUGCGCCCUGGGCAUCUCCAACGAGUUCGUGGUGCUGCUGGACCUGGGCGCCAAGGAGGUCGUGUUCAACUGCUUCACCGGCGACGUGAUCGGCUGGAGCGCCGACGGGGCCGCCCUGAGGAUCUACCACGGCCGCGGGGACCACGUCAGCCUGCGCGUCCAGCCCGGGGAUGGCGGCGCUGAACAGGUCAAGGACAUCGUGCAGAGGCUCAGGGCGACGACGUCGGGCUGCGACACGGUGGACAUGACGCUGCGGCGCAACGGGCUGGGCCAGCUGGGCUUCCACGUGCACGCCGACGGCACCGUGGCCGAGGUG